AUGCCUCGACUCUCAACCAGGCGUCUUCGCCCGUCCAGCCUCCCUCUUUGUGUUUUACUACCUGGACUGCGGCGCUACUGUACGUCUACCAGUAGGGCAGGUUUGGUGGAGAGAGUCAGGGGGUCAGUAUCCGCCCGCCCAUUUCAGAUUCCCACCCUCAUGUUCCUUCACCCAUUACCCAUUACCCACAACGUACUCCAUACACUAGUGCUGGACCUAUCCGUACGGAGUACUGGGUAUCUGUAUGGGUAG